AUGGGCUCCCCCGGACUCCAUUCUCUCCCAACUGAAGUGAUUCUCAUACUCCUGCAGUCACUCUCCUCGUCGAAGGACCUGCAUGCCUUGAUCCGUGCCUCCGCUCCAUGUUAUCGCACCUUCAACACUUACCAGUCUUCAGUCUUUGCGGCUGUCCUCCAGAAUGCAAUCCAUCCUGAAGCACAGCUGGAUGCCAUGAUGGUUCUGGAGGCUGUUCGGAUCAAAAACUCUAUGAAGCGCUGUAGCGAGUUUAUCGAGGUCCGGAAAGACAUUCUCGACUACCUAAAGAAGUACCCUUCUCGGGAGCCCGUCAGCAGUCUCCGUGAAAUAGCCAAGUCUGAUCACAAGCAACUGCAGGAGCUGUUUCGUCUCUAUUCGUCUAUUGAGGGUUUUAUCUCUGAUUACUGUGACCGCGCAUUGCGUUAUCUCAACACAGUUCGUCCGCCUUCCACGGUGACAGGGUCAACUUCGGCAACGCUCUCUCCUACCGAGCUGGGACGCCUUCAGCGUGCGUUUUUUCGCUUCGAAACUUUUGCCAACAUCUUUCAAAUAUUCUCACUGUUGUCCUGCCCUUGGGCCUCUGACUGGCUGCGGGCCGACGCCGAACCGCCCAGUGAAUUUCUCAAGAUGUUUUCUCCGUGGGAACAAGAGGAGCUCGCGUGUGUCACCCAGUAUGUUGUCACCUUGGUCGGAGAAAUUUUCGACAAGGUCGAAGACGAGUUUGUCCAUGCUGUCGAGGAAGCGGUCGCAACGAGACGCCACCAGGACGGGGACGACAACGGGCACGACAACGAGGACGAGAUUCACGUGCUUAUGCUGCUGGACCUCCAAUGCAUGCGGUUUUUCAAAGCAUCCUACAAGCAGCGUUACCGAGUUGACCAUAUUGAUUUCGUCAUUUCUCGCGGAUUAGUAUUUGUGAAAAAGCUACUGAGCCUCGAACCGCUACCCCUCCGACAGGAGGUAUUGAAGUCGGCUCAUGAUCGAGAGCAGUUCAUCGGAAACCUGCAGGUGACUUUGGCAUGCGUCUCUAAUAAUACCCGGCGUGGAAUUUCAUCUCAGCAGCAUGUCCCGGGAGACUCUGAUGCAACCAGCUUUCCUGCCCAUGCGGAGGCAGACUCCCUGACAGAUUGCAAUCUGGGGUGGCUGUGGGCAUUUGACUACAACCUGGUGACAGUUGACCGCGACGCAAACUACGACCUCCGCGACCAGGGCUACGUCUUCUGGGACCGAGAACGAUUUCCAGAGGGCGGCUCGCUUCGCAGUUCGCGGAGCCCCGGUGGUGCUGAUGAUUUUCACUUCCCUUUCGGCGGUCGUAGUAGCCAAUCUUCCAGCGUGGAGGAAAGGCUGAUGCAUCUCGAACAUGUUCCGCAGAAGGUCUUCGAGGAGUCGGUCCCAUUCUAUGCUGAAAGGAUGCGAAGGAUUCUUGAAAGGCUCACCAUGCCGAUACAAUUAUCCCUCCAAGGGGGUGAACCGUCUCAUGGCUGGGACUUGCAACCAUUCGCGGAAACUGAAAGGAAUACUUCUAGAAUGUACGUAUUCAACCUCUAUCUUAAACGAUUCCGCAUAGCAUUGAAGUGGAGGGAAAGUGACGGAACGAAUAAUUCCUCUACAAUAUUGUAUUAUCAUUGCCUCUUCUCAUACCCUGUGACUCCUCCAUCGAGGUGGACGAAUCUCGACAAUGGCAACGGCUCAUUCUCACGUCAUACGUUGCUUGCUCUUUCACCUCGACAAACUUUGCGCAAUAAUGAAAAGCCCAGGCCGAUUAGAAAACCGCAUCCGGCAGCCCCUUCUUUGUGUUCGAUGACCGAUCCCCUGUCUGAGCCAACCAACAGACUGAUAAAGACCGAUGUCGUGGCCCUUCUCAAUCAUGGCGAACAUGAACGAGAGGUGUAUGCAAGACACAGUAUGGAUGCUCAACAAGAUGCUAUCAAUCGCAUCCUUGAUGGUGUGGAAUCAAUUCAGGAUGUGGACAGGAAUAUUAUUGUGGAGUUGCGAGGAGUCAUGGCUGGCACGAUGCCAAUCGAGAAGUUCCUGGUCACACCCGCCGAGUUUGCAUCCUGGAAACUGCAACACGAGCUGGGUGGCAUUGAGUAUAAUAGCGAACUGCAAAGACUUAUCGUCAAAGCCCCGGAUGGCGAUGUGCAUGGAGCCGCAGUCGAUGUCAUCACGCAUGACUGUUUCUCUGAAAUAGCCAAAAAGCUCGAGGCAAAAUGUCGUGGACGCCAUUUCCUGGUCGAGUAUAACAAAGGAAUUCCUCUCACUGGGUCCCAUGAGGACAGCGAGAAGGCAAGUGACGGACAAGUAAAGGAAACAAGUGCCAAGCGUCCCUUCAUUGUUCUGGAAGUUGCUUUCUCGCAGAGCAAGGAACAUCUUCUUCGUGCGGUCAAGAAGUGGCUAUAUGGAACUGAUAAUGUCACCAAGGUCGUCAUCGCAAUCGACAUCAAGGAGAGAGGUCAAAAACGGGAACAUUCCUGGGACUUGUCCGACCAUCAAAUUCGAGAACGCAAAACAGACGACUUGGCUGACCAUAUUGCCCAGUGGCAUCGGAACCAUGGUGACCAUCUACUAGGAAUAUUCACCGCACAGAUGUUCUUUUGCACAAAGGAGACAUGCCCAUCGGACUGCAAAGAGCUUUGCAACCCACUUUGGACAUAUGAGUUCUCACUGUCGGGGCCUAUUCAGCACGGAAAGUUUGCUGAGACCUUCCCCAACUGCCCCUUUCUCUCAGAAGAUUAUCGUCAUCUGAAGAUCCAGGGCAUAGAAGUCGAGUUACCUUUUGCGAGGCUGGAGACUGAAUUCGUGAAGCGUCUUAAAUCCUACGAGAUAGCAAGGUCCUUGUCCCAAGCAAUCGGCGCUAAGAAGCGAUCAUACGCGUAA